AAGAUAAGCCCCACAGGAUGGCAAGACCAGCCUUAUCGAGACCCACCAAAACCAGAGGACCUUUGCUAUCGCCGGACCCGCUGGCAGACAAAAAAAACUCAUCCCCCUUAUCUCCACUCUGCUCCAACUCGGCCACUCGGUCCACUCCCAGCAGGUGCUGAUCUCAUUUUGGCAGAAACAGGAACUUUGCAUAAUGUUUGACUGUAAUAGGUGAAGAGAGACUUUUUUUUUGGCAAGCAUGGCGGGGCUGCAAAAGCUCAGGGCAAGUGUUUAUUUUAAAUGGGAGACGUCUGUUAUCGCAUGGAAAGCGGGUUAAUUUCAAUACAAUGGCGCCGCAGCGUCAGACAUCAGCACGGAGGGAGCAGAAGCCAUAAGAUGAAGAAACGCUAUGUGGACGCGAACAGGCUCCGGAAGAUGAGAAGACUGAAAAUCACGGAGAAGCUGUCUGAGAGUGCAUACACCUUCCUGAAAUUCAUGGUGAUGUGGACGCUGGUGCUGCUGGCAGACUUCAUCCUUGAAUUCAGAUUGGAGUAUUUGUGGCCAUGCUGGCUGUUCUUUGGGAGUGUGUACACCACUUUCCACUGCCACGGGCUGGUUAUUUGUGUUGUUUUUGUUUGUGCCGCCUUCACACUGGACAUCUUUUGUUUAAUUUUUGUUCCUUUGCACUGGCUGUUUUUUGUGGCGAGCACCUACGUUUUAUUCAACUAUAUAUGGCACACAGAGAAAGGCAUCUGUAUAUCGACGGUGUCCCUGUGGAUUCUGCUCGUCUACACGGAGGCUUCGCUUCGACUCAAAGAUCUUAAUACCUCUCAUCCCAACCUGUCUCAUCUUUUCGCUGCACAUUGUAUCGGCUAUCCUGUUGUUUAUCUGGGGUUUGAUGCCACCUGCUACUUCACCAACAUUUUCAAGCUGCGCAUACAGAAAGCCGUGCAAAGCGAGAACGACUUUCACAUGCACCUCCUUCAGCACUCGCUCCCACCAGGCCUGCAGGUUUACUCCAAAACCAGCACAGAUGGCGGCAGCAGCACCUCUAAGUGGAAGGUCAAGCCUGAGCCUGGUCAGUAUCAGUGUCAGAAUGGUGCCAUGGUCUCCCAUGACGACGCACACAGCGCCGACUGCCUGCAGAUCCGGAGUGAGGAGCGAGUGGCCGAGAAGGCAUCGCAGGAGGUGAGGUCGGCCGAGCCGAGCCGACGACCGCCACCACCGUCGUCAUCUAAGAACGUCGUGGCCGAGUCCAAAGAUCAGCUUCACAGUGGGGAAGGAGGACCAGAGUCGUCCAUUAUCCCGGAAAAUCUACCUCAAGAGGAUCAGGGAAGCAAAGCCACCCGAGCUGCCAAGAGCGCCUCCCCAAAAGCCCGCAGAAGCAACACAAACACUCCUUCACCUCCCGCAGGGAGGCCCGAGAAAAAACAGAGGACAAACUCAAAAACAAUCAGUCCCAACAGGGACGCAGCUGACAAGAGCGCCACAGCAACGCAGAACUAUCACGCUGAGCAAAUCAGCAAACUCGAAGCAGAGCUGCGGAGGCUGAAGGGGGAGCUGCAGACGAGCAGGCAGAGCGAACAGGAGCUGCGAAGUCACAUCUGCAACCUGACCAACAGCGAGAGGAGCCUGAGGCCGGAGGUCUCCCUCCUCAGACAGUCCAACAUGCUGCUGCAGAGCAAGAUUCUGUGCUGGACUAAAACCAAGCAGAGGGACAAACAGACCUCAGCGCUGCUGGAGAAAAAGACCAGAGCUGAAGCAGAGGGCCGACUCUCCGCUGAGAAGCAGCUGGCUGAGCUUCAGGCUCAGAAACUGGAGGAGGCGGCGAGUGCAGCACGGACCCUGACCAACAGGCAGGAACACUGUGAAACCCAAAUGUUGAGGAAAAGAGUUAAAGAUCUAGAAACAGAGUACAAACAACUGCAGCUGGAGUAUCAAGUGAAAGAGAGCCGUGUGGUAGAUCUAGAGAGAGAUAUCGAGGCAUUGGGGAAGUACCGUUGUGUGGAGAAAGAGACAGACAUGCUGCUCUCCACAUUAUCAGCCAUGCAGGAAAAGGCUCAACAUCUGGAGUACAACCUGAGCGCAGAGACGCGCAUCAAGCUGGACCUGUUUUCUGCUCUGGGUGACGCCCGCAGACAGCUGGAAAUUGCUCAAGACAAAGUGAAGAAGCAGGACAGGGAGAUCCGCGAAAUGAAGCAGAAGAUUGCGGAGGUGAUGGCGGUCAGCCCCGGCGUGUCAUACGUGGCUCCGCGGCACCAGGUACCUCAGUAUCUCACCAAGCUGCUCAACUCUGAGCGCUACAUGCUGAAUCCACGAGCGCUGAUGUACCAGUGUUUGAAAAAAUGAAAUAAAAAAGGACCAAGUGGAUCCCUGACGCAUUCUCAGCCUUUCUUGCCAGGACCAGAAGAGUUUUUUUUUUUUUUUUUUUUUUUUUUAAGUACAGAGCUAAAGCAAAGCGGUGAAGACGCCUGCGUCCGGUUACCAGUGGAAACAGCUACAAACCUCCUAAAGUCCAAUUGCCUUCUGCUGCACUGUUGGUGCUAAACUUGGUGUUAUUCAUUAUAUAUUUCCUGUUCUCCUCCCACAUCAGAAAGUUUCUCUUACAAAAGCGAGGUAUUUUAUAUGCAGAGCUGCUAACGGCGGCAUCGUAUCCAUCAUCUUCAUCAAAUGAGAGAACAACAACAUCGUUGCUUUUUCGGGCCUUGCAGACGAACAAACCUUUAGGUCUGUCGUUUGAUGUGGAUGUUCAAUUGAAAUGACAACAAAGGAGCAGAAUACACAGAAGAAAGUCCAUGUCUGAGAAAGAGAUGCAAAUUUUGUCAUCUUUGGCAAUUAAAUUCAAUAAAGUGAAGUAUAUAGAAGAAAAAAAGGAUUCAGUAAAAUUAAAUUUAAACCAUUUUCGGAGGUACUGUUUAUGAAUAAUAAUAAUAAUUUGGUAAAAUCAGAGGUUUUCCCCACUCAAUAAAAUGAACCUUUUUUCUAACGUUUUCUGUGUAAGAUUAUGAUGCUUCAAAAAAUAUUUAUUAAAAAUCUUUUUACACAUCCAUCAGGGCGUCCCAAUAAAUGUGGAGGCUCUGCUAUCUGACAACAAUUGUAUGUUUUAUGCUUUAAAGAGUGCAAAAUCUAACUCAAUUUUUAAUUCAACUGCACUAUUAAAUAGGCAAGCUAAAGAAGUAUUUAAAAGUGUAUUCUUUCCUGUGAAUAAUUAAUGAGAACUUUCCAACUUAGACCGUUUGAUGAAUAAAAGAAACAGUACAGAAGUCAAUAUUAAGGCUGUCUUUUAACCUAAAGUCCUAUUACAUGUGUGUUUUUAGGACAGAGAAACUAAGCAGCUGAAUGGAAAUUUAGCCAUAAUUUAACUUCAAGUUUACAGCUGUGCCACUCUGAUGUAAACAUGCAUAUUUGAUGUAUUGGAAUUUCUUUAGCCGUAAACAUUUUUUUUUUUUUUUUUUUUAAAUUAGUUUCGGUUAAGAAAA